AUGUCUGUUUCAGAUAUUCUCCGGGCACCACCCCGCCCUAGUACUCCCGUCCGAGAGGGCGUUGGCGGCUUCCAAGGAAAACGUCAUACCAAGAAGUUCAUAGAUUCAUUGAUCAUAUCAGACCUCAUGGGAACUAUCAGAAGAGAUCUCCCAGUCGAGGACUUCAUCCGUUGCAUCUGGCAGUACCCUCUCGACCGCCUGCCAUGGGAGGAGAAACAACACAUCCUGCAACUCGAUCCGGGUCUCGUUGCUGGAUACGUGUCCACUCUCGGCGAACGUGAGCCAGUGAGAUAUGCCCCAUUUGUCAGGAUGCUAGACGACGCCCGGGCCAAGAUACAUCAGGCGGUGCCGGACAUCGAAUCCCCGUGCCCCGUGCAAUUCGAACCACUCGGAUCGCAGAACGUCAAGGGAAACAAGAACGUCCGCAAACCUGAUGUCUCGCUUCAAUCGCUGGCAGCAUUCAAAGCGGCUCUGCGGAUGCUACAACAAGGGAAGAGACCUUCAAUGGAGUGGCUGACGAUGCCUUCGUUCAUGGAAUUCAAGACGGACGACAAGAAGGACGACGACACCGAUCCAACACCGAAGGCGAUGUCGGCACCGGACGCAACAACGGCACCGGACGUGACGACGGACGUCCAAGUGAGUCUGAAGCGCAAGGCCUCCUCGGAAGAUGUCCUGCCGAGGCCCAAGAGAAUGGCUGUUAGUCCGACGGCCAGCACAAAUUCCGACACUGACAGCAGAACAGAGUCGAGAGGGCCCACGGGUCUGUCACCUGACUCUCUGAGGGCAGAGAGUCUUCCGGUGAAGCUCGAAGAGAGUGUCGAUCGGAACGUCGGUGUCUCGGCGGAUGAUGAGGUCAAGACCAAGACCUUGGGCAAAGGAGACGAGGUAGCGGGUGUGGGCGAGGAGUCAAUAUUGGAACCGGCCGACGGGGAACGAGGCGACGACACGGAUCGGCUGCCCACGCCACCAGCAGUUGAGACCUCCAAGGCUAGUUCUUCUCACACCGCCGCUCGUGAUUUGCGCGUCACUACCAACAACGAUGGCAAGGGAAACGCGCGGGUGAACCGGAAACCUCCGGCUCUCGACAAAGACGAGCUUCAAACUGCGGGAUAUGCAUCAGAAUGUCUUGGGGACGGCCGUCGACGAUAUGUGACAGGCUUCUAUGUCGUGGACCUCAUGAUGUCUUUCUGGUACUAUGACCGGAUGGGCGUCAUUCAAUCUAAGGAGUUCAACAUCGUGGAGAAUCCGAGGUUCUUCUUCCUCGCGCUUGCAGCGAUCACCGAGUGCAACAUGGAGCGGUUCGGGUAUGAGCCGAUGAUUCGGCCUCCGUCGACCAUCUUGCCUCCGUUGAGCGCUGACAGACCCAUCCGUGUCGAGCCACCACAAAGCCUGGAUAAUUGGGAAAUCCAUAUCGACACGGGCGUCAAUGGGGACAACGAGCCUGUGCCCGGUGUGGUUCGGCUGAAGAUCACCGGGCCGCCAAUCUACGUCCAGCCUGGGAUUGUAGGCCGUGGGACGUCUGUCAUGCCUGUGACUGCGAUGACUGGGAGCGAGUCGAAGCUGGGUGUCCAGUUGAAGGAGAGGCUAGUGGUCAAGUUCAGCUGGCCGGCUGCUUCGCGACCUUCCGAGGACGGUUUGAUUCGACACAUUCGGAAGCGGAUUGGCCCCACAGAUGCACGACAUGUCACACGGAUGCGAAUGUCGACGACGCUGGAGGGCGCGCGGCUAGGAUUACCUCGGAUGCAAGAGGCGCUUUGGGAAUUUUCAAGCCAUCUCGAGAACCGUGUGCUCCGGGUGAUUGUAUGCGACCAACUGAGACCCUUGAAAGAAUUGAAGGCAAUUGCGGACUUCCAGUCUGUCUUCCUUGAUCUCGUACGAGCUCAUCGGGCCGUGUUCAAGAGAGCGCAUGUCCUGCACCGGGAUCUCAGUAUCAACAAUGUCAUGUUUGAUGUGGACGCUGAGGGGAAGCCGUAUGGUGUCCUCAUCGACUGGGACCUCUCGAUCAACGUCGAAGCAAAGGAUGGGGUUGCUGACGUCGCGUCUGCUCAGCAUAGAACGGGCACCGGUCCAUUCAUCGCCAUUGAUCUUCUGGACACCUUCGCAGGCUCUCCACACUUCUACCGACAUGACCUCGAGUCCUUUUUCUACCUUCUAAUCUGGUGUGCGACUGGGUUCUUACUCGGGGGAAAAGAAGUACGGAAACGCGAGAUCAAGGAGGAGGACUGGACGGUGUUGCGAUGGACUGCCAUGCAAAGUUUCAAGGUUGCACUUCUUGACACUCCCGGCAAGGGUUUUCCGAAGUUGAAUGAGGCCAUAACGGAACCGUUCAAGCCGCUCUUUGACACAUGGGUUCGACCACUUGCAACCAUGAUCUCUAGAGCGAGACGCGGGGUAGAUCAGGAUAUGGAGAAGGCUAUGGAUUGCGACGCUGAAACGCUGGGCGGCCGCAUGACUUACAGGAAGUUUAUGGAGUCGUUGGGCGUAGAUCUCGGCAGCGCGCCGCACAAUCUAGAUUUGGAUUUGCUCGACUGA